CUUUAGACUCAGCUGACACACACGUGAAUCACUCAGGUCAGCGGGGCCAUGGACAAGGGACAGUACUACGAUUACACGAUUACACGCAAAUAUGACCAAUGUUAUGGUCAUGUGAUCGAAAGCCUGCGUGUACGAGGACACAGUGUGUAGGAAAGUGGCGGUUCAAGACCGGAGAGCGUCGAGACCGGGACUGUUAGUCGGCCAUGAAGUCGGUCCUGGUUGAGUCCUCAUGUGUUGAUGUACAAGUCCAGAAAGAGAGACAGUAGAGUUUUGUACGGUGAUGUACAGAGUGACAUUUUAGUUGUUGAUGUGUUUGAUGCCUAUAGGCUGUUACCUACUUAUUCACUCAUUAUUAAAGUACCCGAUAUUGUGGAGCUCUUGUUGUCGAGUUCUUGAUGUGUUGAUGUGUUGUGAUGUGUUUAGCAGUGUUUACAGAAGGCCGGAUUAGGAGAGAGAGAACGUAACACUGGUGUCUUGAAGUGGGAUUUCCUAUGGCUUCUGUAAAACUGCUAGAUGAACUGAAUCUGAAAGAACUGAAACAAGAGCUGAAAUGGCGAGGACUGAAGUACUACGAAAGGAACAACGAAACUCUUAAAGAACGUCUCCGGCAAGCCCUAGUGGAUGAAGAGGAAGAUCCGAACACGUUCCUCUUUGAACUCGAACCUGAUGUGGUAGAGCUCUUGAUCACAUUUAAAAAACAGAUGUUGGCUGGCUUUCAGAAUGUGAUCAACGGUGACUCGCAGAAAGAGACAGAUGAAGAAACCAAAGAAGAGACCGAGACCAAUAGCUCAACCAACGCUUUCGCUGCAGAAAUGAGUGCCUCCAUCAGCCAGACAGAACAUGACAACGUUGUGUCUUUCCCCAAGCUCGUAGCUGAGGACAUUAAAGACAUCUGUCAAUCUGCCAGUGUUGAUGGGAGGAACUCGAAUCCUGGUGGCUGCACCCAGAUGUUUUGCAAAAACUUUGUGUGUCGAGCUUUGCAGGGAGAACGCCAACUCCAAGGAACCCAUCGGCAAGGUCUGCACCCAGCAGACGUUUGUCCAGCUGACGAGACCAGAGUGAGAAGCCCUGGUGAUGGUCAUGUAAGUGAACUGGAGCCUGAUGCUGAAGAUGAGGAACUUUCGCAAGUGGAGUGCUGCCAACUUGCUCCACUAGUUUGCCCUCCGGACAAGCCUGAAGAUGAUGUGUGCCACAAUUUCCCCUACUGUGAACCUGAAAUCCAACCCCCAAGUCUUUCUCUUCAAAGCCCUAUGAAGAAACCUGUUAGACCAACGAUCUUGGUGACCCUUGUUCUGACAUCCUAUCCCUCCCCAAGUGUUAAGUGGCUGCUCUCGGUAGUGAGCGACUGAAGAAGGCGACGUUUGCUGAAUCCAAAGUGGAUGGCGAUGCAACCACGACGUCUGUGCAACCAGGUGAAGGUCAACUGGAGCAGAAGGAGAAAGAGACAUACGCAGUAUACAACGCAGAUGGCUUCAUGGAGAUGGCAAUAUAGGCCUAUUGUCGCCCCCACCGAUAGACCCCCACCUGCAUCGAUUCAUCUCCACUGCCCAUGUCGUGAGAUAGAUUUUGUCCGGGACGGACAAAUCUGAGAAGGGGGCAGUGUUAUGACCCUAUUGGAGGCGCAAAAGGGUUAACUUUAGACUCAGCUGACACACACGUGAAUCACUCAGGUCAGCGGGGCCAUGGACAAGGGACAGUACUACGAUUACAUGAUUACACGCAAAUAUGACCAAUGUUAUGGUCAUGUGAUCGAAAGCCUGCGUGUACGAGGACAAAGUGUGUAGGAAAGUGGCGGUUCAAGACCGGAGAGCGUCGAGACCGGGACUGUUAGUCUGCCAUGAAGUCGGUCCUGGUUGAGUCCUCAUGUGUUGAUGUACAAGUCCAGAAAGAGAGACAGUAGAGUUUUGUACGGUGAUGUACAGAGUGACAUUUUAGUUGUUGAUGUGUUUGAUGCCAAUAGGCUGUUACCUACUUAUUCACUCAUUAUUAAAGUACCCGAUAUUGUGGAGGUCUUGUUGUCAAGUUCUUGAUGUGUUGAUGUAUUGUGAUGUGUUUAGCAGUGUUUACAGAAGGCCUGAUUAGGGGAGAAAAUCGUAACAAAUGCCAGUUUUCUUUAAGGGCAGCUGACAAUAAGAAUUGUCUAUGUAUGCACUACAGAUGCUGUUCAAUAUCUUUUCACAAGGAAGCCUGCUCAAAAAGCUGCUGUAUGGAAGUCAAAAUAUGAAUUAUUGCCACCAGUCUUGAAGUCAGCUUGUAAAGAAUGCUACGAAUUGAAUGAAAAUGCUGUCUUGAUAUCUUGUUUGUGCUGUUAUAUUUGUCUUUGGUGUUGGUUAAUUAUUCCAUGAAUAAAAAAUAAAAAAAAGUUAA